CAGCACUUGGCGGGUCAGAGCAAUCACAUCCCCACUACAGGAGCCCACUUUGUCAGACAGUAAGCCUUUGACAGACUGGCCGAACCGCGGCUGGGACUCUGCUGAUGCCAUUUUCUGUUUUGGCUAGAGAUGCAGCUCGGGGCCUUUCUGCAGAGCUCCUCUCUGUGAUGCCUGGCCUCCUUCUGUCAGGGCCCUCUGCUGUGGAUAUGGCUUGGUUUCUGUGCCUGUGUGUGUUUUUGGCCGUGGGGCUGGCUUUGUUAGCGCUUCAGUUGAAGCUCAGGAUGUCCGCACAUGGCCCCCAGGAGCCCCCCCACCUCCCGGCACUGCCCCUGAUCGGCAGUCUGCUGAGCCUACGGAGCCCGCACCCUCCUCAUGUGCUUUUCAAAGAACUGCAGGAGAAAUACGGACAGACGUAUUCUUUGAUGUUGGGCUCCCACUGUGUCAUCAUCGUCAACCAGCACACACACGCCAAAGAAGUCCUGCUGAAGAAGGGAAAGAUAUUUGCAGGAAGACCCAGAACUGUAACCACAGAUGUUCUGACCAGAGAUGGGAAAGACAUUGCAUUUGGAGACUACAGUGCUGCCUGGAGGUUCCACAGGAAAAUAGUCCAUGGAGCCCUGUGCAUGUUUGGAGAGGGUUCUGCCUCCAUCGAGAAGAUCAUCUAUGCAGAGGCCCAGUCUCUGUGCUCCGUCCUGUCCGAGGCAGCAGCUGCUGGACUGGCCCUGGAUCUGUCUCCCGAGCUGACCCGGGCCGUUACUAACGUCAUCUGUUCGCUCUGCUUCAACUCCUCCUACACCCGAGGAGACCAAGAGUUUGAGGCCAUGCUGCACUACAGCCAGGGCAUCGUGGACACUGUGGCAAAGGACAGCCUGGUGGACGUCUUCCCCUGGUUACAGAUUUUUCCUAAUGCAGACCUGCGUCUUCUAAAGCAAUGUGUUUCAAUCAGAGACAAACUUCUACAGAAGAAGUAUGAUGAACACAAGGCAGACUACAGUGACCAUGUGCAGAGAGACCUGCUGGACGCCCUGCUGCGAGCCAAACGCAGCGCUGACAACAACAACACAGCAGAGAUCAGUGCAGAGUCUGUGGGCCUCAGUGACGACCACCUCCUUAUGACUGUGGGAGACAUCUUUGGAGCCGGUGUGGAGACCACCACCACCGUGCUCAAAUGGGCCGUCAUCUACCUAAUCCAUCACCCACAGGUGCAGAGGCGUAUUCAGGAGGAGCUGGACAGUAAAGUGGGGUGGGACCGGCCCCCCCAGCUCAGUGACAGAGGCAGUCUGCCCUACCUGGAGGCCACCAUCAGGGAGGUGUUACGGAUUCGCCCUGUGGCCCCUCUGCUCAUCCCACAUGUGGCCCUCAGUGACACCAGCAUCGGGGAGUUCACAGUGAGGAAAGGAACUCGAGUCAUCAUCAACCUGUGGUCUCUGCACCACGAUGAAAAGGAAUGGAAAAACCCUGAGCGAUUUGAUCCUGGUCGGUUCUUGAACAGUGAAGGCACAGGUCUGACCCUCCCGUCGUGCAGCUACCUACCGUUCGGUGCCGGGGUCAGGGUGUGUCUGGGCGAGGCCUUGGCUAAGAUGGAGCUCUUCCUCUUCCUGUCGUGGAUCCUGCAGCGCUUCUCCCUCUCUGUCCCAUCGGGCCACUCUCUGCCCAGUCUGGAGGGAAAAUUUGGUGUGGUCCUCCAGCCGGCCAAGUACAAGGUGAACGCCAUGCCCAGACCAGGCUGGGAGAGAGGCACUGGACACAUGUUCUCAUUUGGGAACUGAGAGUCUGUGGGGAUUUUUUCUCAUGCAGGCAGAAGUAUUUGACAAAGUUAUUUCUGCUGCCCUGACAUACUUCACUGAAUAAUCUACAUACCAAAGGUUUACUCUUCAAUAGGAAACACAUAAUUCUUGUAGCUGCCCUAAUUAAUUACAUGCUUUGUGAUGAAUUAAUCUAGAUUAAUUGCAUAUAUUAAUAUUUGCUGUGAGAGCUCCGUGCAAGGGGGGCUGCUGUCGGAGCUCCGGUGCCGUGCUGUCGGAGCUGCAAAGUCGGCAAAUGCGCUCAGGGGCAUCUGAGAGUGCAAUUAAUCUGCGUUAAUUUUUUGUUGCGUUAUUUUUUUCUGUGAUUAAUUAAUCGAAAUUAACGCGCUAAUUCGACAGCCCUAAUCUUUAGGUAUUCACUGGGCACCCACAUAUAAAAGGGGUUCUCCACCUUUUUUUAAUAAAGACCCACUUCUGAUUGUUAAAACAUUUCAGAGGACCACCUUACCAAAUAAAUGGCAAACAAAACAUAACAAUACGAAAUAAAGGAGAAAACAUUAACUUGGCUGUAAAUAUUUGUUUUGGCUCUUUCAGCUGUAAUUACCAACAUAAAUAUUCUGUUUACCAUCACCCAUCACUGCCUGCCAUUAUAAAAUUAUGAAAUGAUGGUUCAUAUUUCCUCACCACACACUAUUACCUUUUACUGCUUUUCCUGGCACAGGGUUGUCGACCAAAAACCAAUGCAUUUUUGUCCAAGGGAAGGUUCGCUAACUAACAAAACACGUUUGUCUCUUACGUUACCUGAUAAUUAUGUCGUGGUGGGUGAUUUUCAAACAUAAAUGGUGAUUAUGCAUUUUAAUUUUACAUUUUGUAUUUGUGUGAAUUCUUGAGCAUGUUUAGCUUUGUGUUUUAUCAACAAAAAUAAAUCUAUUUUUUAAUCUUAA